AUGAACUUCACGCUAAGUAAUAUAAUAGGCAGCACAUUAGAUCCCAGGCCCCAGGUCCUCCUUCAGAAAAACCUGUCAGUUACAUUACGUUACGAUGAGGUAUGUUCUUUGGCUAGUAAGUUAAUUUAUAACUGUGAUUAAAAUCUACUUAUAAAAAAUGAGCAUGCUAACUUCUCUAGCCGAGAAGGGAUUGAUUGAUAACUGCUUAUACUGUUUUAGGAUAUUCUUGUUUUUUCUUCGUAAUCUUAAACAUUUUGAAAUCAAAGAAAACUCAGUUAGUGGCUUAAAACUUGCGGACUACUCACCACGAGGUAGACUGCAAGCUGGCUCUUAUUUUUCUUCCGAGAUAGAGUAGGUCGUGAGCAUGCGCUAGGGGCGAGCAGCAAAGCCGCGAGGAACAAGGGCAGUCCUUUUUACCAUUAAUUUGCAUAAUUUCAAGUCUUCGCUCGCCGCUCGUGGCAGUGAAGUGAGGUAAGAACCCGACGACCGUUCGCGGUCUAGCCACGGUGUAACCCCUUAAUAAGGCGUUGUAAAAUUAUGCACUUUCUUUCUUUUGUGUUUCGUUUGUCGCUUUUACUUAGUACCAGGAAUAAAAAUAUUCACGACGCCGAAGAGUCAUUCACCUUUCUUUGAUUAUUGUUAGUUUUAUCUUACCUGAAACCUUAAAUGUCUUUUUUAAGGGAUUAGAGACUCAUUGUGUCUUCUGGGAUUUUACCGUCAAGUAAGUAUGACAUAAUUUUUCAACACGCAUCUAAAAGGACUUAACUACAUCAGGGGUUAUUACUACUGAUGAGUUGAUUUAUAGUUAUUGUAGAUAAUAAUUAGACAAUGCGAUACAGAAAAUAUCUCGCUACCGACCUUUAUGCCGUUAGGGUUGAUAAUCUGCUGCCCUUUGAUUGGCCUUUCCCUUUAAGCAGUCAUACAACUCCGAAACUAUAUUUCAGAUCAAAUUUCAACGGUUUUUGGUCAAGCAAAGGAUGUUCAGUGGUCAAUAGAACCAAAACGGAAAUCACAUGCACUUGUAACCACCUCACAAACUUUGCUGUUCUUAUGCACGUUGGAGCAGACAAUGAGAGGUUAGUUGGAGCAGCUUUUUGGCUUGUUCAGUUCCGCAUGUCCCAAUACAAUAACAACCCGCGAGUAAGAACCGAGAUUUUAAGAACCGUUUAGGCUAAAAUUUGCUAGUUAGGGCACCUCUACACAAGCACCUGUUUAGCCUAAAAUGUGAAACAGGUUCUAUGAAAAAUUCUCUCAAUUUCCAUACAUUGCUUUAUUGUUGUUGUGUUUCCAUGUUUGAUAUACCUCAGGAUAUAUCGCUCCAGCGUUGGAUCAGAUUUUAGUAUCUGCGAUUUAUAGCUAUACUCUCUCUGACUAAUAUCGCAGAUUUCCAGAGAGGUAGAUGUGAAAAUAUAGAUAUCUUCCAUAAAUUUCAAAAAUUUUAAUCUAUAGUUGAGCUACAAACUGUCAUUCAAACGAUAUAGUUAAAUUAACUGUUGGAGCUGAGACAAGGCAUUACAAUACAUGUAAAAUUACAUUUAAAAUUCAUGUUGUCACUGCCUCAGUUUUUCUUCUUAAAUUGAUUUUUACAUAAAUUUUAAUUUGAUAUGCAGAUUUGACAUAAAGAAUAAACUGAAUACCUCUAAAUAUUCAAUGUAUUUUUUCUUCAGAAAAUAAAAACUUAUUUAGGAACCUCAAAUAGCCUAAAUUUGUGCUAAUUACCAUUUAUGUAAGAAGCUAUUUAGGCUAACCUGGGAAAAUACAGGCUCUUACUCGCGAGUUUUUACUGUACCAUGAAUGUUAAAAUAAAUAAGGGGAGCAUCUACAAUCGUGGCGACAUGAACCCUUUUUCACAUUGUCAUUUAUAGUUUUAGUGACUCGAGCAAUAAGGAGGGCAUGCCUAUUUUCGCCAUUUAGAGUACAGCGGUACUUCUUUGCAAAAUAAUAAGGAGCCUUAACUCUUGCCAAUAUUUGUCUUUAUUGAUUUGGCGUAUUUGCAAACAGCUUUUAAACUAUCUUUCCAACAGGAUCCAGGAGAUCAUCAGGUGGCAUUGAAAGUCAUUACUUACGUUGGGUGUGCUCUGUCGCUUGUCGGAGAAGCGCUCACCGCUGUUACAUAUUGCGUCCUCAAGGGAAAAGCCCUGAGGACAAGGUUGCUAAUUAUACCAUUUAUGUAAGAACCUGCUGGGCUAAAUUGGGAAAAUACAGGUUCUUACUCGCGGGUUUUUACUGUACCAUGAAUGUUAAAAUAAAUAAGGGGAGCAUCUACAAUCGUGGCGCCAUGAGCCCUUUUUCACAUUGUCACUUAUAGUCUUAGUGACUCGAGUAAUAAGGAGGCCAUGCCUCUUUUCGCCAUUGAGGGUACUUCUUUGCAAAAUAAUAAGGGGCCCUGACUCUUGCCAAUAUUUGUCUUUAUAAAAUUCUUUAUUAAAAUCUUAUAAAAAUCUUAUAAAAAACUACACACAAAACUUCUGCAAAAUAUUCAUAAAAAUAGAACGUCCACAUCAAUAUUAUAUAAAUACAAAUUUCCGGCAAAACCCCUUCACAAUUCAGAAUUCUAAGAUACUAAUUUAAAACUAAAUAUAUGUCCACGAUAGAAAACUACUUACAAUUGGAAUGCUUUAAGAGGGGGAAAAGGAAAAUCAAGCAUUACUAAAGAAAAAAACUAUCAAAAAUCUAGGCCUAAAAUUAUGAAUACAGAUGUAGACCAGCUACAGCGAAAGUGAAGUCUUCUGAAACCUCACGUGAUUUGAAUGGAUAUCUAGAACCUCUGACGCAUCUGUGUACAGUUCUUAAUAUAGCAAAUGAGAGCUGUAUUCGAAGCCAGGAAAUAACGCUGGCGUAGGGUUCAUCGUUCUUAGUCGAAAGCUUAUUUGCGAGAGUUCUUAAAAAGUUCUGACAGUCGAGUCCCAUGCCCCAGUUUGUACCAAACACCAGUGGUGUAAAGGUUCCAAUCUAUACAUCCAUCACUCGCUGGUUGUAUUUCCUCUUCUUCUCGUUUUCUUGCUCUUUGAAGAUCGUAGCUGUGUACUUGCCCUGGUUGGACCGGCAGUUAACAUGCGUUACACGUACGUCAAAGAAUGCCGUUACUCCUGGUGUCCAAAAACCUCCUGCCUUCAUAUCCAGUCUCGCUUCUCGACUUGUAACAGUGGACUGAAGGUUGAAUACUUCAUUGUCGAGUGGUUGCAGUAGUGGCUCUGUCUCCACAUUUCAGCACACUUUACUGAUGUGUGGUGUCAGAAGAUCUCGGAUUGUAUCAUGUCUCUGAACUACAAAACCUCCCUUCUUACAUGCCAAAGCGUGGUUUAUUGAUUUGGCGUAUUUGCAAACAGUUUUUAAACUAUCUUUCAAACAGGUUCCAGCAGAUCAUAAGGUGGCAUUGAAGGUCAUUACUUACGUUGGGUGUGCUCUGUCGCUUAUUGGAGAAGCACUCACCGCUGUUGCAUAUUACGUCCUCAUGUGAGUUACAAAUAAUAUACCGUUAUCAAAGAGCUCAGACAUUUAGAUUUUGUUUUUGUGAUAUCCGGAAUAACCAAGGUCGAGGUAAGCGUUUUUAACUCACGCAUCUUGGUUUCAAAUGCACCAAGCAUAACCUGGGGAAGAGUGAAACCUACAGUAGAUUGUCGCCUACAACAUUCAAACAGUAAGCGCUUGAACAGAGUAGACGUUCAACAGAAAAACAUGGGGCUGUAGAAAAUUAUCGUCCAACGAGCGCUUUAAACAGAUUUUUCAGCACCAAAUGUUUAACCAUAGCAUAUAAAGACAUGCUUUGUUUCUAAACUAUUUGCAUGGAAUCUUAAUACUUAGUAAAUGCAAAAUUAUGACAAUAACAAAACCACAAAGGAGGGGAACGGGGAGUCAGCCGCCCUCUUCACAACCCCUCGAAGCGCAAUUAGGCUCUGGAUUAGCUUGUCAGACGUUCACUUAUGAUUUUUAAUUAAGAAGAAGCAGACGCACCUUCAGAUGGGAUUUCCCGCUUUGAAAAAAUGUCAACGGUGUUCAAUUAUUUUUUUGCCUCUUUCAGGGAUUUGAAAGAAGACCAAACUCAAAUCCGCUUUAACCUUGUGGUCGCCAUAGCGAUAGCACAAAUCACGUUUCUUGCUGGAAUUGAGGCCACAGAAGUUAUGGUAAGCUAAAGAUGUUGGUUAAUCUGAAAGAUAAAGAAAAAAUGAGCAUUUUGUUGGCUUGGAUGAUAAAUUGAUUGCCAAAACACUGUAAAAACAAAAAUAAAAAAUGAAAGACCGUUGGAUGUAAACGAGUUGAGUCUUGAAUAACUCAAUUUCAUUAGAUGGCAUACUUCCGUGACCUCGAUUUUACACAAAUGUGCUAAAGGGACAGGAUGGCAAAGGGUGGGGGAGGGGAGGGGAAUACCUUUCACGCAUUACAGAGUAAUAAAAUGAAGUAUUAACUACAUUAACAAGUAUCAGGAGCCUAUCCUAUUGUCAUGUGAUCUGAGGAAAUCAGAGGUAGAGGAACGAGAAAAAAGUGCAAGAAGUUGGUGUCAUAACUAUAUAUUUUUUAUGCCUCUCAGUCUUCUUCUAGUUUCAAAUGACAUCAGCCAUCCCGGAAUUUUCAAAGGAAUCUCAAGCGUCACGCGUUGUAAAAAUAGUAAAUCACACAUGACGCUGCUAGGCCAAAUCACGCCUCACGCGUUUAAUUUAAUUGACCACUCCAGAAAAUACCAUAACAUACCAUAAUGCUCUUUGUUUGUCACCCCAAAAUUUUGCAUAAGCAUUGUGUUCAGUUUUUCUUGGGGCCAAGAGAAACUGAAGAAUGGGCAAUGUGAUGACGGUGAAUCAAUCCCGUUUCUUUAUAGGAACUGUGUGUAUUUGUAGCAGCCAUGAUUCAUUACUUCUAUCUGGCGGGAUUUGCUUGUAUGUUAUUUGAGGGUGUUUACCUGUAUCUGAUGGUUGUCAAAGUGUUCAAUACGGUCAUCAGAUUGCGGUUGUUCUGUGGAGUGGCCUGGGGUAAGUAUUAAAGCAACAGCCUACUACAGAAAAUGGCCCGUUGGUAGAUCUAGUCAAGAGGUCAUGACUUGUUAGUCCCUUCCGGGAUCAAAAGCAUUUCGUUAAUUGAUUCCUGGUUUAUCUUACUUUCCUUACGUUCUAAGGGACGGACCAUUAGAAAAGUUAUGGGGGGUGGAGGUGGGGAAUUUUCGAGCUGCAGUAAUUUUUUUUCGUUAUCAAAUUCCUUGUAUGAUUUUUUUUUUGGCCAUGGCAUGAAUAUUUUUUAAGGUUAAUUGGCGUGCAUGAUUUUUUUUUCAUUUAACUGUCCCUUGCGCGAAUAUUUUUUUUGUAGUUCGCCGCCCCCACCCCUCCCCCCCCCCCAUAAGUUUUCUAAUGGUCCGUCCCUUACAAGGACUUACAAUUGAGACUUGCUAUUCAGAGGAAUUUGUACAACACCACAGUUCGCAUAGGAGUGCUACGCUGACGUAACCCAACUGAGCCUAAAUUGUUAUUUUUCUCUAUUUCGUUUUCAAUCAAACCUUAGGCGUCUCCCUUUUGAUUGUGGUUUUAUCGAUCGUGAUUGCUUCCAUUCAAGAUGGCGGGAUAGGAAGCUAUGUUCAAGAUCAUUUGUAAGUAAACAAGCCAGAUCUUAAUAAGAACAAAACGGAGCAAGAAGAACUUGGAGGUUUCAAGAAUCUGUUUAUUUUUUUAUUACCAUUUUUUAUUUAUUUAUCUAUUUUUUACAUUGAAAGUUGCUUAUGACAUUUGCUCAAACUGCCUUUUUCGGAGGAAUUAUUAUAGACACGACAGUACAAUUGUACUUUUUCUCCAAAAUUUCCAAAAAAAAAUUUAUAACUCUAAAGUUCUAGCAAGCAAUACUUUCUUAGUAACACCUUGAUUUGGUUUAUUUUUUUAAGUUGCUGGAUUUCCUUCAAAAAUAACCUUAUCUGGACGUUUGUUGCGCCUGUUCUCUUAGUUUGCACGGUAAGGGUAAGAAAGUGAAAAUGUUCCAUAAGUGAAUAAGUUAGUUAAGAGAACAACUUAAAAAAUAAAUGCUUACAGAAUAUUGAGGCUCAUCUGUAACUGAUUAAAAAUUGAUACAAUCAUCAAAUAUUUGCCAUGAAAAUGUAAGACGUAAAACUGAAAUCAAUAACGAUUCAUGUAGAAAAAAGAAAACCAGAAUAUUUAGCUACCUUUCAUAUCAUAGUCUUGGUGGGUUGCAGUUAGCCAAUAAAUGGACUGAUGGCGGCUACCAGUGGCGCCCUUGUAUGCUGACGUCAGAGCUUACUGUUAACAUGUAAAUAUAUACUUUAAAGAGGACACGUUUAUUGUCCUCUCAAUCCACGGCAUUUCAUUUAUUCAUUCAUUUGCGGGUAAUAAACACAUCUGGGAUAGAGCGCUGCGGUGGAGGGGAGGCUGUGACGUCAUACAAAGUGUGAUAUUCUUGAAAUGUUUCAUACGUCCGUGCUUUGAUCGAUUAUUUAUCGAUUAUAUUUUAUGUUUCAUUUAUUUAUAUAUUUCUUGAAAAUCAUUUUCAAGACCUGAGGGAAAGAAAGAAACAGGGUCUAAGGUUUCUGCCAUCAAAAGAUAUCUUAUUCUCAUCGGCAUUGUUUCCACACAGAUAAACUCAGUUUUACUAGCUCGAGUGGUUCAUGAGAUUUUAAGAAUGCACGCUGACAAAACAUCUCAUCUGGAAAGAGUUCGACAAGGAGUUAAAGCAUGCGCAGUUUUGUUUCCUCUUUUGGGACUGACCUGGGUAUUUGGUGUCCUAAGUGUCACUGAUGCUGGACUCGUAUUUCAGUACAUCUUUACCAUUUUCAACUCAUUGCAGGUACUAGAAGAUCCAAUAUGUUAACUGUUUGAGUAGUUUGAGGAAACAGGCGACAUUUCGCAAGGGCACUAAACGAUUGAGAAGAUAGUUCAUAGCAUUGUUGAACGUAUUUUAGUAUUUAAACGGUAGAUACAGGCAUAUUUUUAUCCUCUAAAAAUUUUUCAUCUGUUCGCCUUUCCUAGCUGAAAGUCUAGUGAUCCGAAAAUUAUAAGGAUCAAAACUUACCUUACCUCGAAAAUUUCAGCAGGAAAAUAGGCUCCCGAAAAUCUUAGGUGACCUUUUUAGGGUAAAAAUCCGUUAAAAAUGGGCAAUUAUACCACUUUUUAGAUGUUCGAAAAUCCUAGGAGAGGCAGGCAAGCAAAAACUUUUACAAAAAAUUUUCCGAAAAUUCUAGAUCUCAAAUCGUCUUCCGAACAGAUAUUUUCCGAAAAUUGACGUUGGGUGCCCUGAUUUCGCGACGUCACCACUGGUUUUCCCAACAAAUGACGUUUGGCGGAGAACGUCCAUACUGACGACGUGUCACAACCCAGAUCUGGGAAGUGCUUCUGAUUGAAUGAAGCAAAUUUUAACCAAUCAGAAGCACUACCCAGAUCUGAGUAGCGACGCUUAAUCAGUAUGGAAUUUCUCCGCUCUCGAUCGUUUCUCGAACGUCAUUACGCGGGGAAACCAGUGGUGGCGUGGCACAAUGGCAGCUGUUUUCUCAGGCUAACUGACAGCGAGCAAGUUCAAUUUUCGGAUGCUCUAAUCAUAUAGCUAAUGUUCUUUUAUCAAAGUACUUAGCUCAGUGACUUAAAAAAGCCGUUUUUAUUUACUCAUUCGUUCAUUUAUUUAUUUGUUUAUUUUGCCACACAAGCAUUCGAAGUUUACUCCAGACUUUGACAGUAGUGUCAAGGAAUGUAGCGAUCGAGAAAAUUAACAUGACAGAACAUAGAAUAGUAGAGAUGGUGGGCGGUACCUGAUACCAUGUACUGCGAUUAACCAUUGACUAUAAUUUUGCUUUCAUUUCUUCUUUUCUCUCACCCUUAUGAAGGAACUUAACUUUUUUUUUUGGUCGAUACACACAUUUUUAGGGUUUGUUCAUCUUCAUACUUCACGUUUUGAGAAACAGCGACGUACGUGCAGCAUACUCUAGAAAAAUGCAGAAGAGGAAUGCAGCAAAAAGCGUGAAAAACUCUCAAGAAAACCGCAAUACAAUCGGAUUGUGGUCAAGCAAGGUGACAAAUGAACCAAGUUGUGCAAAAGAACCUAGCAGUGCCUCUCUAAGAUCAACGGUUGGAGUGAAAAGCAAGAUUGACAAUGCCCUGCACGAGGAAAGAACCAUGACUCCUGUUGACACGUGA